AUGCAUCGAGACUCGAGUGUCUCAGUCUCAGCCUUUGUCUUCCCACAGUACCUGUCUGUGUCUGGCAUCGGGCGGUACCAGGGUACCUCAGAACCUCAGCACAAGCCCUUGGAGAUCUGGCGAGCUGUUCCGAAGCCAGAACAGAACACGACCCCUGCCCUCGGGAGCUUCUCCAACUGUCCACAACGGCAGGCAGUUGUGGGGUCCAGGGGUGUUGGCUCCGUCACAGAUGAGAGUACACAGAGGGUACCGCGCAGUACUACGACGAGCGUUUAUGCUGCAUCUAUUAUGACACCAGAGAAUCGUGAAACGAGGCAAAAGCACGAAAACUCCUGGCCCGAGCGCAACGUUCUCGAAACCACGUCGGACGAAGCUGUGGAUUUUAUGAGAUUGCACUCUACAAGAAAGACGUUGGACUGGUCAACACCACGCACAGCUUCACACCACGUAUCCCGUAUCCGUGCCAUUGACAGCAGCGGAGGGCAUGGUGUCAAGAUGACUGAGAUUUAUCCCUCACUCACUCAGUGUGCCGUAGUUGCCACGGCCUUCAAGGUCCUAUUAUUCCCAGCCUACAAGUCCACAGACUUUGAAGUCCACCGGAAUUGGCUUGCAAUCACACAUAGUCUCCCUCUCCGGGAAUGGUACUACGAGGAGACAUCGGAAUGGACCCUCGACUACCCUCCAUUUUUUGCAUACUUCGAAUGGCUCUUGUCCCAGGUUGCGAAGCUGGCCGACCCAUCAAUGCUCAAGGUCUACAACCUGGGAUAUGACAGUUGGCAGACCGUCUACUUCCAGAGGUCAUCGGUGCUGAUCACAGAGCUACUGCUGGUUUACGCCUUACAGCUGUUCGUGGAUUCGUCUCAUGGUGCUACCAAGAGAGCUGCGCAAGCUGCUGCCAUCUCGAUCUUGCUCUCACCGGGACUCCUUCUCAUUGACCACAUCCAUUUCCAGUACAAUGGAUGCAUGUACGGCCUCCUCAUUGCAUCUCUUGUCCUGGCAAGAAAGCAAUCCGGCUUGCUGGGCAGUGGGCUCGCCUUUGCAGGCCUUCUAUGUAUGAAGCACAUCUACGCUUACUUGGCCCCAGCCUACUUCGUCUACCUCCUCCGGGUCUAUUGCUUGUCGCCAAAAUCCAUUUUUCGCAUUCAGUGGCUUAAUUGCCUUAAGCUGGGCGGCGGCAUCGCCACCAUCCUCGCCGCCGCGUUUGGCCCUUUCGCUCUUCAUAACGUGGACCAGCUUUGGCAAAUGAAGGAAAGACUCUUCCCAUUUGGCCGAGGGCUAUGUCAUGCAUACUGGGCGCCUAACGUGUGGGCAUUGUACUCAUUUUCUGAUCGGGUCCUCAUCUAUUUGGCACCACGUCUUGGGCUGCCGAUCAAGCACGACGCAUUGUCUAGUGUGACGCGAGGUCUCAUCGGCGACACGUCCUUCGCGGUGCUCCCGGACAUAACUCCUGGCAUAUGUCUCAUGCUCACAGUGGUCUUCAUGGGCCCGCCUCUGGUGAAGCUCUUCUGGAAGCCGACCUGGGACGGCUUCAUUGGAGCCGUGACCCUUUGCGGAUACGCGUCGUUCCUGUUUGGCUAUCACGUGCACGAGAAGGCUGUCCUCUUGGUCAUCAUCCCCUUCAGCCUGAUCGCACUCAAGGACAGACGCUACUUUGGCGCGUUCCGGCCGCUGGCGGUUGCAGGGCACGUGUCGUUAUUUCCACUGCUCUUCACGCCGGCUGAGUUUCCGAUCAAGACCAUCUACACCAUCUUCUGGCUCAUUCUGUUCCUCAUGGUCUUCGAUCGCCUUGCGCCAGCUUCCGGCAGGCCGAGGUUCUUCCUCUUCGACAGGUGCAACACACUCUACAUUGCCAUCAGCAUACCCUUGAUCGCGUACUGCUCGCUGAUCCACGAGGUUGUGUUUGGCCAGAGCUACGAAUUCCUGCCAUUGAUGUUCACCAGUGCGUACUCGGCGCUGGGAGUGGUUGGCAGUUGGAUCGGAUUCAAUGUAGUGUACUUUACUUCGUAG